UCGACGCCCAGGAAUCGGACGUGAGAAGGGAGCGAAGAGUUCCCGGAAAAACAGGAAAACAGAAGGAAAACUGAAGGGGAAUCCGAAUCCCCCUGCCACAACAAGGACAUGCCUUGGCAAGGACCUCGUUCGCUGUGGCUGCAAUGCCGUCGGAACUGGCUGAGAUGUGGACAUGGAAGUGGAAGUGGAAGCGGGAGCCCUAGAAUCCAGCUCUUAGUUGCUUGGAGUCGAUAUCAACGGAUUCCUUAGAUCUGGAUUCCUCAAAAGCUUUGGAAGUAGUCCUUAUCGCUACUCCCUGCUAUUAUAUCUCUCAAUGAACCUAAAGAAUAUCAUAGCAACAUCAUAUCAAUCCAUAUCGAUUUAGAACCUAUAAUUAGACAAUUGUUUUUACUGUGCUAUUGUUUUGUAUUUUUAUUGGAAAACAAAUGUGAUCUUAAGUAAAUAAAAUAAAUUACUUAUAAUUAAAGCAA